CCUAGCAUACCCCCACCCACCUUCUCAACCAACGCAGCCAUGGUCGUCUUGAAUUUUCAUCCAGGCGCACUGCCCAACUUCAGCCUCCGGAUGAAGCCUACCGACACACUCUCUACGAUCCGGGAGCGUGCUGCCGCAAAGAUCCGGCUUGACCUCAAAGACGGCAUUCCGCUCUCGGUCAAGUACGGACACGGAGGCAAGUCCUUCACCCUUGAAGACGAUGAUGACUGGGACAUCUUCGUUGAGCGGUUCGGUAACGAGAAGGAAGCUGAUCUUUACCUGGAGUCACCUGAAAUUCCUCAGGCGACUGAUGAUUCCGACGAUUCCGACGAGGAUGAAGUGCGUCCGGUGGUCGCCAACAUUCCGGUGACAAACGACGGAACCCUGGUUGCUCGCACGCCUGGUCGCGGCAAGGGAGGACCCGUGAGCAUCCAUCGGGUUACACCGAACCGCGUCACCUCCGUCGACGAGUACACCGAGGCGGGAGGGCAGACUACCGGCGGACGAGACUCGAUCCUGUACCCUGCGCCACAAGAGCCCAUUGCACACCCAGGCUACAGCAAGCCAGUGGUGCCAGAUUACCCCACAACGACGCCCGCAAUGGAUGCCAUGUCGAUGCGGAGCAACAAGACGGCCAGAGCCAAGCUCAGUCAGACUGCGCAGAGCCUGGUGCCCUCGCACAAGAUUGCCUUUCAAGAAUUCCACUCUCAGCUCGGCGUCCGCCUCCUCAAGGGUAGCCUGGGCCCCGUCGAUGACGUGCCCAUGAUGCUCAAGAGCGGCUACAGGCAUGUCUACGUCAGUCGCAGCUUUGCUCUCAACCACGGCUUCAUCCCCAAGGACACGACGCCGGGCACGUAUGGCUUCAACGGAAUCACCAACCUGGGCAAGUGGCCCGUCAAGGUGGGAUCCAAGAGCGUCGCCUGCACAGUCAUGCUGGCCGAAGACUCGUACUUCCCAGUCGUCCUCGGCCGCACCUUUUUCGAAAAGAGAAAGAUCCGGACGGACCCAGUCGACAUGACCAACGUCGUCUUCAUGGACACGGGCGAGCACGUCGACGUUGAAGUCGUCGUCGUUCGCGACGAGAAGGGGGAGCCCGUCCCCAUCCCUUGAGUUGACCUUGAUGCUCAUUCCACUCCUUUUGUUCCUCGCCUUUCUUUCUCUAUCUUUUCCUUACUUGCCCCUGUCCCUGGAAGCUGAAGUCGAGGAGACCUUGUUAAUCGAAUGUGAUAUGAGAUUUCACUGUC